CUGAACUGAGAGCUUGUGGGGCUCACUGUACGGAAUCUCCUGCAAGAUGGCGGCGCCCAGUGUAGGUCAAACCCCAGGCAAGAUGGCGGCGCCCAGUAAGGCAUGGGGAAGAUGGCCGCCUGCAGGCUGGAGCAAGGGGAGGAUGCCUUCAGAAAGAUAUUCCGUCUGUAUAAACGGAGGAACCCCCCACCUGACCUCAGUGGGGUAGUAGAGUUUACCAGAGGACAUCCUGGAGUGAGUUAAUCUGAAUGUUACUGCUCUGGGAUGGAAGAGUCCUUAUUAACCAUAGUCACCUGUGCCUGCAGUCAGAAUUGCAGUGAGAAAUGCAAUCUUAGCAGACUAAUAGUAUAAUAUUAAUGUUUAUUAAUGAUAAUAACAAAGUGUUAUAAAUGCUCUGCUUGCUGGCUUCUUACCUUCCACAUGUCUGUUUUACCCUAAUUAUAGUGUCAAUUAUUUUUGGGUCAAACUCUAGAGAUGGUAAAAAUGCCAACAUUGGCAGCCAUGGUUAAAAAGUAAACACAACCACCAUUAAAAAAAUAAUAAUAAUAAUUCUCGUUAUAAUUAACUAUUAUUACCAAUGUUCAGGGCAGCUAUAUAAUUCUAUGGUAUAAGCAUGUCUGCUAUAUACAAAAAAAAUGUGCAUUUAUACUGUAUGCCAUGACUUUGGACACUUGUUUUUCACUAUGCCGGUUUGCUUUGCUGUUGUGGCAGCAAAAAAAAAAUCAUAUACACAAAACACACGAACUUUACAUAAUGUGUUUUCAGGACCUACUUAAAAGAAUUACAGAAUGGAAUGCCCAAACAGGGCAGUAAAAUGUUUUAAUCAGUGUAGGAUCAUACCAGGUUAAUGUCUGUUUAAAUGUUACAUUUAAGGCCAAAGUGAACACAUUGGAUUAUGGAAAUUCGAAUUCAAAAGGACUAUUUUGACCUAAUUUUGCAUUCCCUUAUCAGUUCUGUUUCAAAGAAUAACCCUAAUCCGAAUUAAAGGGGCACUAUAUUUACCAAAACAACUUUAGCUUAAAGGGACACUAUAUGCACCCCGAUCACUUCAGCUUAUUGAAGUGGUCUGGGUGCAGUGCCCCUGCCAGUUUAACCCUGCAAAUGUAUUUACUGCAGUUAUUGAGAAAUUGCAAUAAUUACCUGGCAGGGUUAACUCCACAUCUAGUGGCUUUCUUCCAGACAGCCCCCAGAAAUGCUUUUGAGUCAUUGGGUGACUUUUGGUCGCCUAACUGAUGCUGGACGCUCUCAUGCUUUGCACAAGGACAUCCAGUAUCAUCUAAAACCCCAUAUGAAAGCAUUGAUUCAACUUUUAAAGUAUGUAACAUCGGAUUGAAAAUUAAACUAUUUUGCCACGGCCAUGAGAGUUGUGGCUAGGACUGCAUAGACAAAGUGAUUUAACUUCUAAAUGGCAGAGAAUUGAGCAGUAAGACAGCAGGGGCAUGUGCUAUACACGAAAACAGCUUCAUUAAGCUAAAGUUGUUUUGGUGACUAUAGUGUUGCUAUAACAUAAGUAUGUGUUGUGCUUUUGUUGAUUACAUCUUUAAAAAGGGAUUGUUGCACCAUGGAGGAAUGACAUUUAUUUAGUCUGUUUGAUUUUAUUGUGAUACAUUUCUUUCACUUCCACAGGUAAAGCCCAAAGAGCUGACUAUUGGUGCUCUCAGUGACCAGGAUGCAUGCAGAGCUGGUUUACAACCUUUGGACCAGUGGAAGGUUUAUGGCCUUGAAGGUUACCCAGGUACAGUAAUUAAUACUAUACAGACUCAAUAGAAUUCAUAUAUUCCAAGACACACUGUGCUUUAAACAUGUGUUUAAAUUCACCUUUUUCUCACGUCGCACUGGUCUCGCCGUGGCUGGCAUCUCAAUGGGGAACAUUCAGCACCUCCAUGCAGAGUGUGGGGACGCUGAACGCGUGCAACAUUGGUUUAAGAAGUACCUCUAGUGGCUGUAUGAGUGACUGCCAAUAGAAUUGUUACUAGAUCCCCAUGUAAACACUGCCUUUUCUCUGACAAGCCUUUACUUUGAAAAGCCUGCUGGGACAGGAUCUAGACACCAGAACCACUACAUUAAGCUGUACUGGUUUUGUCCCUUUCAGUGAUUUUGAAGCGAUCAUGGCACCUAGAGUCUGUAUGUACAGUGUUUCACUAUGAAACGCUGCACAUGCAAAGAUUAACCCAUCUUCUGUCAGAUGUGUAACUCCACCUAUAGCAGCAUCACUAGGGUGUGAUUAGCUAGUCCAGAACGUUGACUAAUGUCAAAUAUGUGCAUAUUCCUAUGCACAGAUUUGCCAUUAUUGGCUGAGUGAGGUAAGCUGUACUAAAGCUGGAUGUACGUCACAGCCAGCCUUAGAGGGACACAUUACUGCCCAAAUACAAAACACAACCCUCCCCCUAAAAAUGAUUAUUUAGUAAAUACACCCCCAAUGAAAAUACAUCUGCAUUUUUCUGUUGGGGUUAUCUAUAAACAGCUUGCAAAAGCUGCAGAUCUCUUAUCUGCAGCUGUUGCAAGACCUCACCUUUUUCCCCAGCCGAGAGUUUCUGUGACUGUUAUUUUACAGACCAAUGUAGCUGAACAAGAAGUCUUUGCAAAACAGGUGUUCUGAACAAUUACCUGCCUCUUGAUUUCAUAUAAAUAACCAUUAAGUAACUGUACUGGUUGUCUGAUUGACAUCCAGGUGGAUAUAACAAGGUUAAUUUAAAACACUUCACAGUUAUAUUAAAAUCUGCGCUUUUUGUUAAAUCAAAAAACAAGAGAACAAACUCUUCUCUAAUGUAAAGAGUGCCUUUUAAGCAAGUUAAAGUGCUUUAGGGGUCUGGAGUGACCCUGUAAAAGAGAUCAGUUAUCUGGAGCAACAGGUUCCAAAACUGUUUCAUCCAUUACCUAGAAAUGGGGCCAGUUUACUCUUGGCUCCCGCUGUAGUGGUUAUAAUGUUUGCAGUAACCCUUCAAAAGAUGGAAACCAAGGAGAUAUAUAUAUAUAUAUAUAUAUAUAUAUAUAUAUAUAUAUAUAACAUCAUUUCUAUUAAAAAGAAGAUGUGUAUAAUAUUUCUCGCUCUAACAAUGAAGGUUACUAUGAAACCAAUAAUUCUACAGAGCUGAAAAUGUACUAUAAAUUUAAUGUACAAAUGACUAGUAACGGAGCUGAACUCUCAGAAUAGUGUCCAGCCAAGAAGGAAAAGAUGAAAUAAUAAAAGCCUAAAGCAUUGCUGUUACUAAUAAGUAUUGGUAAAAUAUAAAUUAUGGCUGUCCCUAAAAUGCAUUUGUGGGUACCUGCCACUAAACUAGUUAUCAUCACCAUACAGACUACUAACUACACCUCCAGACUAAGUGUCCCUACUGAUCAUACAGAAAAACCGAGAUCUAAGUAAACAAAGAAGGCAAAAACAAGCGGCCAUUCACAAGGUAAAAUAUAUUGGCUAUAUUUGCAAAGUAAGGUCAAGCCAGCUAACAAGCCCUAUUCUAUAGCCUUCUAUCGAGAUGUCACUUUGUCAGUGGAGCUAAUGUAAAAAUGGUUAAACACUGAACAGUGGGGCAGUGCCAGGGGUCUCCAAGUAAGUACCUAAAGUGUAUCUUCAAUAGUGUUUUUAUGGUGUUGCUUGUGGUCAUACUUGCAGUUUCACAUUGUAUCUCGUACACAUUCCUCUACCGCUUGCUGAUUUUGCAGCUGUCAACUUUAUGGUCACAUGGAUUUUAGACUGGUUAACUGCCUCAAAAGUAGUAAUGAAUGUUUGGAGUAAUCCUUUAAGUUUUGCGCACCAUCAAAAAUCUCUUUAGAAGUGGUCAGAAGCAUAUCUGUUUUACCUAGCAUUCAGAUACUACAUACCUCUCUUUGUUUUCCAGGAUUUCUUUUUGUAUCAAAUCCCUUCCUGCCUGGUUGGCAGCAUCGCUGGGUGAGACAGUGUCUAAAGGUUUAUCCACAGAAACCAAAUGUAUGCAACCUAGAUCUUCAUAUGAGAGCCGAGCAGACCGCCAACAUAUGGGAGAGUAGCAAGGAGCAGCUCAGGUGAGCAAUUAACUUAGAAUGGCAAGAACCACUAUCUAUCUCUGGAUUUCAAUAGCCCUGUUUUGUAUGAGCUCGUACCAUCAAUGGAACAUUUGUAAGGAAAAAAGAAGGAACGUAUUGGAGCGGAUCAGACAGACAGAAGUUAUUAUGGAGUAAGCAUGUCUCUCGUCUUCCAAAAUGUUGGUGGUUAUAAGCUGUUCCUAUUCUUAUCAACUCAUUAACUAACUAUACUCUUAGUGUCUGUGUUAUUGUUUGUGUAUGUUUUUAUUUCCCCACUGUCCCUUAAUGCUCCAACACUGCUAGGAGUGUAGAGGUGGAAGCAUCUUACUCUGAAGGGAUCUUUCAAGAAAUUUAAAAGAGACAUUAAAGAACACUUCAAGCACCAUAAACACUAUAGUCCAGUGGUUCCCAAACCAGUCCUCAGGUUCCUCUUUACCAAUCCAGCAUUUCGGUAUUAUUUAGUUUUGUCUAAAGUGUUUGGUGACUGGUACGGGGAACGUGAAAUGGUUUAGAAACCACUGCUAUAGUCUGUUGCAGUGAAUUUGUGUUGCUUGGAAGCAGUACCUGCAAAAGAAUAUUUUCAAUAUCUUGUUAUUUCGCUACAUCUGCAGUGUCCAGCUCCCUUCCCAUUGAUGUUAGUUGGAAAAUAUCACUGUUUGCAAAAUGUUUCUCUGUAAGAGACACUCCAAUCCUUCAUGCCACAUUGUUAACUUACUCUGUUUUAAACUUUUAUUUUUUCUUUGCAUAAUGUAGAUUGCAUUACCAGUGGCACGUUACAAGUGUCACAACCUUGACUUAUCUAUUCAUAACCCUAUCCAAACAAUGUGUUUAGAAAUUAUUUGAAGUCUCUUACACAGCCAUCUAACCUCAAAUACACUUUCUAUUGGGACCACAUUACUCUGAUUCCUGCUUAAAGUAUCAUGUAGCCUCAGUGGGUGCAACACCCUUUGUAAUACAGUAUACAAUAUUUUCUCAUGAUAAUAGUGAUUUUAAAGGCACAUCGGCUUUACUGAACCACCAUCCACAGGCAAUGUAUACAUAAUUUACCAAAUAAACUUUUGAGAAACGUUAACUACUUGCCUUUACUCCAGUGCCACCUUCGCCACAGCUUUGCGAGUGUAAUACUGUUGUAACACCCAUAUAUGGUACAACCUUGCUACCACCUGUUUUCUGAUAGGUUUGGCUUAGCAUGUUGAACACCUCCCACACAGGGCAAAUCUUCCCCAUGACACUUGGCAUGUGAGCAGAGGAACAUCAGUCAUUCCAUUACUAUACUACUCUAGCACACACAUUUGUUCUAGUCUCCUUAGUUAGGCUUUUACGUAUUAGGUUAUAUAGACCUCUGGCUCUGUGUCAUGGAGGUCUAAGCAGAGGAUUGAGUGACAGGAAGAGAAGUAGAAACUGCCUAUGACAGCUCGCCUGUAUACCCCCAGCAAGUGUUUCUCACACUUUCAGGUGGAGUGUAGGAUUAUUAUUAUUAUUAUUGCCAUUUAUAUAGCGCCAACAGAUUCCGUAGCGCUUUACAAUAUUAUGUUAGGAUGUUCUGACGGCGGUGUGGUGUCAAUGAAGCCAGCUGUUGACAUUAUUAAUCCACACAAAUAGAAAAAUGAGGGGAGCGCAAACAAUUGCAAAUGUGCACACCAAGUUCUACAAAAAGAUUUAUUUACAUGGACAUAACGUACAAACUUUUCGGGAUAUCCCCUUUAUCAAAAGGUACGUUUGUACCUUAUGUCCUUGUUAAUAAAUCUUUUUGUAGCACUUGGUGUGCACAUUUGCAAUUGUUUGCGCUGCCCUCAUUUUUUCUAUGUUUGUGGAUUACUUUACCCUGGGUGUAGCUGUAGAGGGAGGUGUCGGCAGCACAAUAGGAAAAGUUUGUAUUUCGAUUUUCUCUGGGUUCUUGCAGUAACGCUUACCUCAGCUAUAUACUGGUCAUAACUGUAUUGGCAUUAUUAAGAUGGUUUGCCCUGCAUGUCAAAUAGUCCAAAAGGAGGGCGUAGAGCAGCAGAACAGGGGCAGCAAAAGAUGGUGGUUUUUAGUCUAAAAUUCAUAGACCUCCCAAAUAUAUCUCUAUUUCAUACAUAUUUAUCAAAUAUAUCAGUUUAAUUUUUCACUUAAGAUAAAUUAUAACAUUAUUACUUUAAUGAACAUGCCAAGCACCAACCAUUACAGCCCACUGUUUUUUGAUUUGUUUAAGCGCUGUGUACACUAAACCUGACAUGACAGGUUCACUUUAAACAUUAGUGUUAUAUCUUCUAACUGUUUUGUCCAUCCAGAGAGAGAGCCUCUCAUCGCAGAAGCCAGAAGAGCCUGUUGGAGAAGCUGCGCUGGGUUACCCUUGGCUAUCACUAUAACUGGGACACUAAGGUACCCAAUCCAUUACCAUUUCAGCUGCGUUAACCUCUCAGUAGUACAUUGUCGGACCAUUUUUUUGGUCUCUUAUGGAUUUAUUUACUAAAGUGAGAAUUUAAAGUGAAUUUUGCAUUUAAGGUUAAAAUAGCAGAACUGGAAACAUUCUCUAAUUCAGCUUUGCUUAAGGUUUGGCUACUCUGGCCUUAAAUGUAACAUUCACUUUGAAUUUUCACUUUAGUGAAUAAUCCUGUUAGUCUCUCAGCUUGCAAUGGUCAUUCAUUAUUGAUUACUUUCUCUCUGUAGAAGUACUCAGUCGACCAUCACUCCACCUUCCCCCCAGACUUAGCUGAGCUUUCACGCUGUGUCUCCCGAGCUUGUGGUUUCUCCAAGUUUCAACCAGAGGCAGGGAUCCUCAAUUACUAUCACAUGGACUCAUCUCUUGGAAUUCACGUGGAUGAGUCCGAGCUGGACCAGCACAGUCCCCUCCUCUCUUUCUGGUAAGUCGGUGACUCUGACAUCAUCCUGGCAGAGCCCCAUAGAAUUUCACAUUGCUUUUCAAAUUGCAGGGAUACGUGUAAAAUAUUCCUCAUUCUCAAACGUUUUUUUUUAUCAAAUAAAGCAAUAACUAUUUUAUUUUCUAUAUUUAAAUGGUCACAGUAUGUACAUUUACAGACAUAGAUGCUGCUAUCUUAGCUAUGCACUGCCUGCUGGACACUACUGCGUACAAUUCAAAGGAACAGUACAAGUACAAUUUUACCUGCUUUGUAUUCUUUAAGCAUUGUCACAUGUACUUUUACCAGAAAGUGGCUGCAUUCUCUCCGAUUUGCAAAUGACAUCAGUAGGUAAAGCACUGCGUGUGAUUUUGUAUACAUGCACUGCUUCUUAGUAGAAACAAUACGAGCCAGCCAUGCAGUAUAUAUGUUAGGGCCUUCAUUCACUUUUACAAAUGGCAUUGUGACGGUUCUGCACAGACUUCCGAUCACUGUGCAUCAGAGAGUAUGCAGUCCUGCUCUCACCACAUGUUUUCUAAAUCAAUUAAAAGAAAAUUAUUUUACAUAUUUGCUUGUAUGCACUCAUCUAAUCGUCUUCAGUCUUCCUUUCAUGCAUUCAUUUAUUAUUUCUUAUUUAGAUUAUUUAAAAAAAAAAUCUUUUUGUGUUUGCCCAUAUUUAGAAGUAUUGCGCAUAAUCUGGUAGUCCUAAACUAACACCAGGUGGCAGCAAAUGUGCAUUUUUUAUUUCUUUUCUUGAACAUUUCUGCUAAUUGAAAAUCUCAAGCUGCAUUUUGUCAUAUCAGCUUGAUCUACGAUAUCAUGACAAUCCAUCCAGCUGUGGACUGGUUCUUGUCUAAAGGCGGUGUAUGUAGGCAAACUUAGUGCACAAUGAAAUCAUUGCGUAUGACCUAAUAGAUUGAGUGUGCUAUUAUUUGUUUUGUAUUAUAGAAUGAAUGAGAACCUUUUGACUGUUUCACUGAGCACUUGAUAUUUUCUUGUAUUAAUUCAAUCUCCUUUUCAUAAAGUUAUGUUUUUGACCUUCAGUUGUCCUUUAGAUAUACUUUGCCUCCCGUCUUUACACUGGUGCUGUUUCCAUAUACUCUAUCACCUCAUGCAAUAAUCUAGCCUUUCUUGGUUUCCUGCCUUGCAGCUUUGGACAGUCCUGUAUAUAUUUGCUGGGAGGUUUGAGCAGGGAGCUGGCUCCCACUCCAAUGAUGAUGCACAGCGGUGAUAUCAUGAUAAUGGCAGGUCCUAGCCGACUAUUAUACCACGCUGUGCCAAGGAUACUUCCCCAUCCAGGAGGUGGCCUCUUACCUCCAGGUCUAACUGUGCCACCAUCUGACAAUACUCCUCCUGCUCUCACUGAGCCAUGUUCCUCCCAAGACUGGGAAGUAUGUGCACAAUAUUUACAUGACUCCCGUAUUAACAUGACGGUCAGGCAGGUACUGGAGGAUGGCUGCAGCUUUCCAGUAGGGGAGGACAUGAGGCGUGAACAGACCCAUGCAAACGAAGAAGACUCUUAUCACCAGAAUGCACCAGAAACACCGGCACAGGAAGGUGAGGGACAGCACCUACUCACCAAACGCAUUAAGACCACGUAGACCUGGAAAUGCUAGAAAAAAUGUAGUACAUAAAGAAGAAUUAUUUAAGCUGGGAUUAAAUUGAAUUGUUAUUCUACCAAACCUCUUUCUUUAGUGCAAUGAAAUGCAAUAAGCACUUGGAGUGCAGUAGACAGAUGUAUUUUUGGUUUUAUAUAUAUCGCAAACAAGUUUAUUUGAAAGCUCAUAAACACAUUACAUUGAUUUUAUAAAGGUCUCAUUGAGAUAUCCUGGUUCCUUCACCAUGUCACCAUGUCAAGGGUGAUCAGAGCCAUACAAAUUCCUUGCAUUUGAAAGAAAACUAUGCUUUGUUUAACCUGUAGUUUCCAAAACUACCUUCCUGUUAACCCCUUAAGGACCAAACUUCUGGAAUAAAAGGGAAUCAUGACAUGUCACACAUGUCAUGUGUCCUUAAGGGGUUAAACACCUGGAAAAUCUCUACAGCUUCAGAAGAGCUACCAUUGUUUUCUGCCUAUAUAUGACUUUUUACAAUCUGGCUAAGUCCACAUCUCCUUUGUCCUCUCUGUUUUGAAAGGCACCAUGUUUUGUAUUUUUGAGCAGUAUGUUUGGACUGAUAAACUCUGCAGAAUGAUAAUUUUACAGAGCAGUAUCUCAGUCUCCGUUUAAUUGUCGAUGUGACGAAUAUCUGUCCCCCCCACAUACAAUUAUUAUUAAAGGACCACUGUACUGCCAGGAAAACAAACUCAUUUUCCUGGCACUAUAGGGUCUUUAGGUCCCCCCCACCCUCAGAGUCCCACUCCCGCCGGGCUGAAGGAGGAGGAAGGGGUUAAUCACUUACCUUUCUCCAGCGCCGGGCUCCCUCGGCGCUGGGGAAAUCACCUCCCUUUUCCGACAUCAGCGUUGAAUGCUCAUGCACGGCAAGAGCCGCACGCGCAUUCAGUCAGUCCAUAGGAAAGCAUUUCUCAAUGUUUUCCUAUGGAUGUCAGCGUCUUCUCACUGUGCUUUUCACAGUGAGAAUCGCGGAAGCGCCUCUAGCGGCUGUCAAUGAGUCAGCCACUAGAGGCUGGAUUAACCCUAAUGUAAACAUAGCAGUUUCUCUGAAAUAGCUAUGUUUACAGCUGCAGGGUUAACCCUAGAUGGACCUGGAUUUUUUUUUUUUUUUUAACCCUAGAUGGACCUGGCACUCAGACUACUUCAUUGAGCUGAAGUGGUCUGGGUGCCUACAGUGAUCCUUUAAAAUGGGGAAAAGUUGUGCAGGACAGUGUUUUUCUGGGUAGAGCAAAUAAUGCAGUGGAGGUGGUUCAAUAUACAAAACCUACCUGUUACCAAAUCUAAAGUGGCACAAAAUUGGAAAAGAGGAACAGAGCGAAAUUUGGAGUAUAAUUGUAAAUGAUAAACAUUGAAUAUUUGUCCUAGUAAAAUAAAUUUUUAGAAAUGUUAAAUGAAGGCUAGGUACUUCUGUCAGGACCUGCCAAAAAUGGUGUACAUCAGCAUUGUGACAGACCUAUGCAAUGUAUGAUCAUAUACUUUACCUAAAUUCUCUUUAUUUCAUCUGUCAAAUUUUUGUUUGUCCGAAGUCAGGUGUUUUCUAAAAACAUCAGAUAUAAGUAACAAGUUUUAAUAAAAUAAAACAACAAAAAAAAACCCAUUAAAUUCUGUGAGCUUUGAUGCUGGUGUUUAUUGGGUGCACUGGACUCUGUUAUGUGUUUAUAUAUUUUUUUACGACUUGGAAAUACUAAGUGCCUGUGUCAUCUCUGUGAUUAUUAAAGUAACAGUGCUACUUCUAGAUACU